CUUCCCCACAGAGGGCACAAAGAGCAGGCAGCAGAGAUCCAUGGAGCCUCCCUCAGCAUCUCCCCGCAGAGGGGGUGUCCAUUGGCAGGGGUCCCUGCUCACAGUCUCACUUUUAAUCUUCUGGAGCCCAUCCAUCCCAGCCCAACCCACCAUUGAAUCGGUGCCACUCAAUGCUGCUGAAGGAAAUGAUGUUCUUCUACUUCUCAGCAAUCCACCAGAAGACAUUUUCGUCUACAUCUGGUACAAAGGGGAAAGUACAGGAAACAAUGAUAGAAUUGUAUCAUAUGCAUCACAAACUCAAACAAAAGUUUUGGGGCCUGCCUACACUGGUCGAGAGACAAUAUACCACAACGGGUCGCUGCUGAUCCAGAAUGUCACCCUGAACCACUCAGGAGUCUACACACUACAAAUAACAACCAUGUUUGGUCCCACUGAGAUAGCUGGACAGAUCCGCGUAUACCCUGCGUUACCCACACCCUUCAUCAUCAGCAACAGCUCCAACCCUGUGGAGGACCAGGACUCUGUAACCUUAACAUGUUGCCCUGAGACUCAGAACACAACCUACCUGUGGUUGAUAAACAGUCAGAGCCUCCCAGAGACUGACAGGCUGGAGCUGUCCUCGGACAACAGGACCCUUACUGUAUACAGUGUCACAAGGAAUGACACAGGAUCCUAUGAAUGCAGAACACGGAACGAAGUGAAUUCCCGCCGUAGUGACCCAUUCAUCCUAAACGUUCUUUAUGGCCCGGACACCCCCACCAUUUCCCCCUCAUACUGGUAUUACCCACCAGGGGCCAACCUCAUUCUCUCCUGCAAUGCGACCUCCAACCCACCUGCACAGUAUUCUUGGCUUAUCAAUGGGACCUAUUUGCAAUCCACACAAGUGCUCUUUAUCCCCAACAUAACUGCGAGUGAUGCUGGGAACUAUACCUGCCGUGUCUAUAACAAUGCCACUGGCUUCAAUAGAACCACCAUCAAGACUAUCACAGUCUCUGAGUUACCCACACCCUUCAUCACCAGCAACCACCCCAACCCCGUGGAAGAGCAGGACUCUGUAACAUUAACGUGUGGCCCUGACACUCAGGACACAACCUACCUGUGGUUGAUAAACAAUCAGAGCCUCCCAGAGACUGACAGGCUGGAGCUGUCCUCGGACAACAGGACCCUUACUGUAUACAGUGUCACAAGGAAUGACACAGGACCCUAUGAGUGUAGAACCUGGAACCAAGUGAAUGCCCGCCGUAGUGACCCAUUCAUCCUGAAUGUUCUCUAUGGCCCGGACACCCCCACCAUUUCCCCCUCAUACUGGUAUUACCCACCAGGGGCCAACCUCACUCUCUCCUGCAAUGCGACCUCCAACCCACCUGCACAGUAUUCUUGGCUUAUCAAUGGGACCUAUUUGCAAUCCACACAAGUGCUCUUUAUCCCCAGCAUCACUGUGAGUGAUAGUGGGAACUAUACCUGCCAUGUCCAUAACAAUGCCACUGGCUUCAAUAGAACCACCAUCAAGACUAUCACAGUAUCUGCAGAGUUACCCACAUCCUUCAUCACCAGCACCAGCUCCAACCCCAUGAAAGACCAGAACUCUGUAACAUUAACGUGUGACCCUGAGACUCAGAACACAACUUACCUGUGGUUGAUAAACCAUCAGAGCCUCCCAGACACUGACAGGCUGGAGCUGUCCACCAUUCUCACUUUACACAAUGUCACAAGGAAUGACAAAGGACCCUCCGAGUGUAAAACCUGGAACCCAGUGAAUCUCCGCCAUAGUGACCCAUUCCUUCUGAAUGUUCUCGUUGGCCCAAACACCACAACCAUUUCCUCCUCAGACUGGUAUUACCCACCAGAGGUCAGCCUCACUCUCUCCUGCAAUGCGACCUCCAACCCACCUGCACAGUAUUCUUGGCUUAUCAAUGGGAACUACUUCCAAUCCACACAAGUGCUCUUUAUCCCCAACAUCACUGUGAGUAAUAUUGGAAACUAUACCGGCCAUGUCCAUAACAAUGCCGCUGGCCUCAAAAGAACCACAGUCAAAACUAUCACAGUCUCAUCUGCGUUACCCACACCCUUCAUCAUCAGCAACAGCUCCAACCCUGUGGAGGACCAGGACUCUGUAACCUUAACAUGUUACCCUGAGACUCAGAACACAACCUACCUGUGGUUGAUAAACAAUCAGAGCCUCCCAGAGACUGACAGGCUGGAGCUGUCCUCGGACAACAGGACCCUUACUGUAUACAGUGUCACAAGGAAUGACACAGGAUCCUAUGAAUGCAGAACACGGAACGAAGUGAAUUCCCGCCGUAGUGACCCAUUCAUCCUAAACGUUCUUUAUGGCCCGGACACCCCCACCAUUUCCCCCUCAUACUGGUAUUACCCACCAGGGGCCAACCUCACUCUCUCCUGCAAUGUGACCUCCAACCCACGUGCACAGUAUUCUUGGCUUAUCAAUGGGACCUAUUUGCAAUCCACACAAGUGCUCUUCAUCCCCAACAUCACUGCAAGUCAUAGUGGGAACUAUACCUGCCAUGUCCAUAACAAUGCCACUGGCUUCAAUAGAACCACGGUCAAGACUAUCACAGUCUCUGAGUUACCCACACCCUUCAUCACCAGCAACCACUCCAACCCCGUGGAAGACCAGGACUCUGUAACAUUAACGUGUGGCCCUGACACUCAGGACACAACCUACCUGUGGUUGAUAAACAAUCAGAGCCUCCCAGAGACUGACAGGCUGGAGCUGUCCUCGGACAACAGGACCCUUACUGUAUACAGUGUCACAAGGAAUGACACAGGACCCUAUGAGUGUAGAACCUGGAACCAAGUGAAUGCCCGCCGUAGUGACCCAUUCAUCCUGAAUGUUCUCUAUGGCCCGGACACCCCCACCAUUUCCCCCUCAUACUGGUAUUACCCACCAGGGGCCAACCUCAUUCUCUCCUGCAAUGCGACCUCCAACCCACCUGCACAGUAUUCUUGGCUUAUCAAUGGGACCUAUUUGCAAUCCACACAAGUGCUCUUUAUCCCCAACAUCACUCCAAGUCAUAGUGGGAACUAUACCUGCCAUGUCCAUAACAAUGCCACUGGCUUCAAUAGAACCACGGUCAAGACUAUCACAGUCUCUGAGUUACCCACACCCUUCAUCACCAGCAACCACUCCAACCCCGUGGAAGACCAGGACUCUGUAACAUUAACGUGUGGCCCUGACACUCAGGACACAACCUACCUGUGGUUGAUAAACAAUCAGAGCCUCCCAGAGACUGACAGGCUGGAGCUGUCCUCGGACAACAGGACCCUUACUGUAUACAGUGUCACAAGGAAUGACACAGGACCCUAUGAGUGUAGAACCUGGAACCAAGUGAAUGCCCGCCGUAGUGACCCAUUCAUCCUGAAUGUUCUCUAUGGCCCGGACACCCCCACCAUUUCCCCCUCAUACUGGUAUUACCCACCAGGGGCCAACCUCAUUCUCUCCUGCAAUGCGACCUCCAACCCACCUGCACAGUAUUCUUGGCUUAUCAAUGGGACCUAUUUGCAAUCCACACAAGUGCUCUUUAUCCCCAACAUCACUCCAAGUCAUAGUGGGAACUAUACCUGCCAUGUCCAUAACAAUGCCACUGGCUUCAAUAGAACCACGGUCAAGACUAUCACAGUCUCUGAGUUACCCACACCCUUCAUCACCAGCAACCACUCCAACCCCGUGGAAGACCAGGACUCUGUAACAUUAACAUGUGGCCCUGACACUCAGGACACAACCUACCUGUGGUUGAUAAACAAUCAGAGCCUCCCAGAGACUGACAGGCUGGAGCUGUCCUCGGACAACAGGACCCUUACUGUAUACAGUGUCACAAGGAAUGACACAGGACCCUAUGAGUGUAGAACCUGGAACCAAGUGAAUGCCCGCCGUAGUGACCCAUUCAUCCUGAAUGUUCUCUAUGGCCCGGACACCCCCACCAUUUCCCCCUCAUACUGGUAUUACCCACCAGGGGCCAACCUCAUUCUCUCCUGCAAUGCGACCUCCAACCCACCUGCACAGUAUUCUUGGCUUAUCAAUGGGACCUAUUUGCAAUCCACACAAGUGCUCUUUAUCCCCAACAUCACUCCAAGUCAUAGUGGGAACUAUACCUGCCAUGUCCAUAACAAUGCCACUGGCUUCAAUAGAACCACGGUCAAGACUAUCACAGUCUCUGAGUUACCCACACCCUUCAUCACCAGCAACCACUCCAACCCCGUGGAAGACCAGGACUCUGUAACAUUAACGUGUGGCCCUGACACUCAGGACACAACCUACCUGUGGUUGAUAAACAAUCAGAGCCUCCCAGAGACUGACAGGCUGGAGCUGUCCUCGGACAACAGGACCCUUACUGUACACAGUGUCACAAGGAAUGACACAGGACCCUAUGAGUGUAGAACCUGGAACCAAGUGAAUGCCCGCCGUAGUGACCCAUUCAUCCUGAAUGUUCUCUAUGGCCCGGACACCCCCACCAUUUCCCCCUCAUACUGGUAUUACCCAGCAGGGGCCAACCUUACCCUCUCCUGCAAUACGACCUCCAACCCACCUGCACAGUAUUCUUGGCUUAUCAAUGGGAACUAUUUGCAAUCCACACAAGUGCUCUUUAUCCCCAGCAUCACUGUGAGUGGUACUGGAAACUAUACCUGCCUUGUCUAUAACAAUGCCACUGACUUCAAUAGAACCACCGUCAAGACUAUCACAGUCUAUGAGUCAGUGACAAAGCCUUCCAUCCAAGCCAGCAGCACCACAGUCACAGAAAAUGAGGGCCCUGUGACCCUGACCUGCCUCACCAACCAUGCUGAAAUCUCUAUCAGAUGGAUCUUCAAAGGACAGAUCCUGCCGCUCACGGAGAGGACGACGCUGUCCCAGGACAACAGCUCCCUCACCAUAGACCCCAUCAGGAGGGAGGAUACUGGGGAGUAUCAAUGUGAGGUCUACAACCCAGUCAGUUCCAACAAAAGUGAUCCCCUCAACCUGACUGUGACAUAUCCUCCUCCAGAAAUUCCUGGCCUCUCAGGAGGAGCCAUUGCUGGCAUCGUGGUUGGAGCAGUGGCUGUGGUGGCUGUGGUAGUAGCCCUGGUGUACUUUCUGUGUAUCAGAAACACUGCCAGGGCAAGCGACCAGCGCGAUAACACAGAGCACAAACCCUCAGCAUCCAACCACAGUCAGGACCAUUCUGACACGGACAAUGAAGUUGCAUAUUCUUCCCUGAACUUCAAGGCCCAGCAACCAGAGAAAUCGACUUCAGCAUUCCCAUCCCCAACAGCCACAGAAACAAUCUAUUCAGAAGUAAAAAAGAAGUAAUGCAACUUGUCCUGCACUGCUAAUGUAUUUAUUCCAAACCUCUCUCAUCCCCAUCACCAGGAGAUCCCUUUACCCUCAGGGGAAAAGGAAAGAAGCCCCCACUGCCACCUGUUCACUCCCUAACACUGUACCUCCAGGCUACCAGGUCACAGCCCCUCCCUCAGUAUCAAUAGACAUCAUUGAAAUUUGGCAAAGCCAAUUUGGAGAAGAGUUCCUAGAACCUCCCCAUCCUUCCCCUGACUCGAUGUUUUAAAACUUACCUCUUCAAAGCACACUCACUUCUUCCCACAUGAGUCCUGUCCCAUCAGAGUCUAACUUUAAUUUGCAGUAACCUCAAGACUAAUGUGCAGGGAAAAGAGAGAAAAAGUAAAAGCAGCAAUUGCUUCUUCUGUCUCUCCAAAGCCCAGUGUGAAAAUCAAAUAUAUAACCAAUACUGUACUGAGAAAUUCUACACCUCUGUCCACUGUCAGGUUUGUCUACCUAUAGGAUCAGGGCCUAAGUACUUUGCUAAGGUAAGGAUACCAACGAAAACUCUGGCAAGCCUGUCUCAAGAGAACCCACUAGAAGCAACUAGAAAAACUGUUUGCCAAGAUCUACAGGCAAUUCCUAGUGGAAAAUGCAAAAGUACAUGUAUCUUUCCUGUCUUUAUGGACUUUAUACAAGGAAAUGCCCACAGAGAGAAGGCUAUAGCUUUAGGAGGGAGACAGUUGUAACAGAGACAAUCUGCUGGGGACUUGAGAAAAGAAUCAGAGAACUACCCUUCAGAGAAUUAUUUAAAUUAUUAUUAAUAAAUGCAAAUUUUGGGGUAUUGAGUGUUCAUCUUUUCUCUGAGACAUUCUGCUAUUUUAAUUUUUGUAACCACUUAUUAUUUCUCUAAAAGAGGUUACUUUUAUGUACUUCACCUAUACAGGCCAAUCUGACUUUGGUGAAAGAUUGGUUAAAGAAGCUGCCAAAAUCCCUCAGGUUCCCUUGGCCAGGAGCUCCUCCAGGCUUCUUUAUUAGGGGCUCCAAAUAGAAAAUAGCAAGGAGAGGUUUUCCUCAUUCAUGUCUAGAAAUGGAUCUAACUCAAUUUCUGGGCAUCUCAGACCAAUCUCCAACAACCACUCUGUUCCACAUUUCUGCCUGUGCAUCCCACCUUCCAUUGUGUCUGUCUGCCCCCUCGCUCUUCUCAGGAAACCUUGGCUUCUGCCAAGGUGUGUUUGGUUCUUGAGAAGUGGGAGCCCCGUAAAAGGAACACUGUCACUCACACUGUUGGCACUGGGUACAACUUAGAAAGUUGCACUGGUGCUGAUGCCCCUUGGGGACAAGGGCUGUGAGCGGGUAUUAGGACAUGAGAGGAAGAUGAUGACAGAACCUCAGGUUUCUUAAACAGCCUCUGAAAUUUCUAUUUUCUCUGAUAGAGUCUAUGGGUUCCCAUGUCCUUAGAAUAAAAAGGAAGAAAGGGAGAAGGAGAGGAAAAUGUACUUCCCACCCAACCUUCCUCUACACAGACAGAAUUUCUUUGAGGCUGUUAGAAGAAAUAUUUUAUUGGAUAUUGAAUACCUUAUGUCAUGCUUUGCCUAAGAGACUUCCUCUUAAAGGGUUAGUUGGGAGUUCUGUGAACUCAGGUACCUCUUUGAGGGUUUUCCAGCCCUGAUACACACUGUAGACUUCCCCUCAUCCUCUCUAUGCUGUGUUAUUUAAUUUUGCCUGGCUAAGGCCACUUCUGAAUUACUUUUAAAAUUUAUUUGCUCUUUAUUUGUAAUAAAAAUUAUAUAUAGCAGAAAAGAACAUGCUGCCUCACAGCUGAUACCUUAUAGGCAGAAGAAAGAGGGUAUAAAUUUCUCAAUGGGGAACUGGAAUAAGUAUAUUUCUAAAUCUGAAGACAUCUGCUCUAGUGACCUGAAAGCAACAGGCCAUAGCUCCAACCUGCCUGGAAGGAACUGCCCGCCUUCCUCUGGAAGAGAAGAUGAUUCCAUGAGUGAAAGAUCUCCUGAGCCUCUUUAUUAGGGGCAAACAAUACUUCCCACAGAGGAAGUUCCAGCCACUCAGAUUUAGCAAUAUAGCUCAUUCACAAGGACCUCCACAGGUUCAAUCAUAUGGAAUUCUUUCUAGCAUCUUCAAUCUCUUCCUUAUUCCCAGCUCCUAUUUUUUCUGCCCUCUUAGAGGGUCACAUCUCUUCUAACAUGAAUAACCUUCAUUUAUUAAUUCCACUAAGUAUUAAUCUAUUAUCUCAUUCCCCUUCCCUUCCAAACAAUUGAAAUAUAUGCUACAUCCACUGCCUUUCCAUGUCCUCAUCAUCUAAUUUCUCCUGACCCUCUGCAGUAAUACCUCCAUACACAAGAUUCUUGGAAGCAACAUAAAAUUAGUAUCUCUUGGCCAAAUUCAAAGAUAUUUUCACUGUCCUCACACUUUUCACGUUUACAACAUUCGAGACCACAGAUUUUUUCUUUCUGGAAUUUCUCCUUCCACCGCCACCUAUGAGCAUGCCCACACCAGAUUUGGUACUUAGACAAUUCUAGUCUCCCUCUACUCCACUCGUCUUUCUUCAGCUUCAGUGACCUCUCUGCAGAAAUCUCUAGCCUCAAUUACUUUCAAGAUCUCACAUCGCCUACAUCCAAAUACCUUCUGAAAUUAUUCCUCAUCAAACUGACUCUCCCCAAGAGCUUACUCAUUUCUCUCAGUAACACCACUGAGAAACAUCUAGUCUCCUCUCUUUUUGUUUCCCAGAUUCAAUGAAUCUUCAAAGCCUGCUGAUUCUUUCUCAACAUCUCUCAGUUAUGACAUUCUCUCCAUUCCCAUAAGUCUAACUAAUCCAGGCCCUCCACAACUCCUGCUUGAAGGACUCCUAGACUUAUUUCCAGUCUCCCUACUGAAGUCUUUGCAUACAACUGCCUCGUUACCCUUUCUAAAAACCAAUUCACUCUCCUACUGGAGAAUCUACAAUGCAUACACCUAUGGUCAACUGAUUUCUACAAGGGCAUUCAGUCCACUCAAUGGGAAAGAAAGAUCCCCUUCAAUAAAUGGUGCUGGGAAAAUUGAAUUUCCUCCACAUGCAGAAGAAUGAAUCAGGAUCCAAGCCUAACACCAUACACAAAAAACAAUUCAAAAUGGAUCGAGAACCUAAAUGUGAAAACUAAAACCAGAAAAUUAUUAGAAGAAAAUGUAGGGGUGAGGCUGUGGGACCUAGUUUUUAGUGACAGACUAUCAAAUAUGACAACAAAAGCAUGGGCAGCAAAAGAUGAAAUAGACAAAUGGAACCUCAUAAAAAUUAAAUACUUUUGUUCAUCAAAAGACUUUAUCAAAUAAGUGAAAAUACAACCUAAAGAUUGAGGGAAAAAAAGUGUGAAAUACGUAUCUGAUAAGAGUCCAAUAUCUAAAAUACAAAAAAUACUUCUACAACCUUACAACAAAAAGAUAAACGACCCAAUCAAAAAAUUGGCAUAGGACUUGAAAAAAUAUUUAACCAAAGAGGAUAUCCAAAUGUCCAAGGUUCACAUGAAAAGAUGCUCAACGUCAUUAGCCAUCACAGUAAUGCAAAUCAAAACCACAAUGAGAUACUACCUCACCCUCAUUAGAACAGCAUUGAUCAAAAGGAAAAUAACAAAUGUUGGCCAGGAUGUGCAGAAACUGGAGCCCUUAUCCAUUGCUGGUGGGAAUGCAAAAUGGUACAGCCAUUGUGGAAAGCAGUGUGGCAGUUCCUCAAAACACUAAAACUAGAACUACCAUAAAAGACCCAGCAAUUCCACUCCUAGUUAUAUACCUAAAAGACUUGAAAGCAGAGACUCAAAUAGAGCCUUGUAAACCGAUGUUCACUGCAGCACUAUUCACAACAGCCAAAAGGUGGAAGUAACCUAAAUGUCCAUCAACAGAUGAAUGGAUAAACAAAAUGUGAUACAUAUAUACAACGGAAUACUACUCAGCCAGUUGAAAAAAUGAAGCCUUGAUACAUGCUAAAAUAUGAAUGGAGCUGGAAGAUAUUAUGUUGAGUGAAAUAAGCCAACUUCGAAAGGACAAAUAUUAUAUGAUCUCACUUAUAUAAAAACACAAGAAAAGACAAAUGUAUAGAGAACAAAGUUUAUUAGUAGUUUUCAGGGUCAGGAGGGAGGAAGAAGUGGGGGGAGGGUUUGACAGAGAUAGAAAAAUCUAACUGAUUAAGGGUAAGGUUGCACAGCCAAUCACUGUAAUUGCUAUGAAUAAGUUGUACACCUACAAAAAGUUAAACUGGCAAAAGUUCUGUGAUAGAUAUAUUUACAAUGACAAAAAAAAAAAAAAAGGAGCUACUGAGGCUUCUUAUGUACAGCCAAAGCCUCACUGGAUUUGAUUCCUUGGUUUGGAAGUUUAGGGUCAUGGUUUAAUGGGGCAUCCCAGUUAAUUGGCCUAAAAACAUGUUCAGUGCUUCUGUUCUACCACCUUGUUAGUUGUGUAGUGCUUGGGGUCUUAAAAGCCUGUAAGCACCCAUCCAAGGCACAACAAUUGGUCUCUAUAUUCUUCUGGAGCAACAGAGGACAGAGAGUCUGGAAGAGGAGGAGGAUAUGGAAUGUGUAGCUAACUGCUUCCGUGAACAGCUGCCUCCUUUGCCAUGAGACUAGAAGAACUGGAUGGUGCCCAGCUACCAUUACUGAACAUUUUGAUAAAAGAUUCUAUAGAAGAAUCCUGGAAAAAGACAGUCUAUUUAACAAAAGGUGCUGGGUAUCCGUCUGCAAAAAAAUGAAACAAGACCCAUACCUCACAUCACAUACAAAAACUUACUCAAAAUGGAUCAAAGACCUAAAUAUAAAAUCUAAAACUAUAAAGAUCAUGGAAGAAAAAAUAGGGACAAUGCUAGGAGCCCUAAUACAUGGCAUAAACAGAAUACAAAACAUAACUAACACUGCACAAACACCAGAAGAAAAACUAGAUAACUGUGAGCUCCUAAAAAUCGAACACAUAUGCUCAUCAAAAGACUUCACCAAACAAGUAAAAAGACAACCUACACACUGGGAAAAAUUUUUGGCUACAACAUAUCCAAUCAGGAUCUAAUCUCUACAAGAUACGGCAAAACCUCAACAACAAAAAGACCAGUAACUCAAUUAAAAAAUGGGCAAAGGAUAUGAACAGGCACUCCACCAAAGAAGACAUUCAGGCAGCUAACAUAUCCAUGAGGAAAUGCUCACAAUCAUUAGCCAUUAGAGAAAUGCAAAUCAAAACUGCAAUGAGAUACCAUCUCACCCCAACAAGACUAGCAUUAAUCCAAAAAACACAAAAUAAUAAAUGUUGGAGAGGCUGUGGAGAGACUGGAACAUUUAUACAUUGUUGGUGAGAAUGUAAAAUGGUACACCACUUCGGAAAUAAAUUUGUCACUUCCUUAAAAAGCUAGAAAUAGAAGUACCACACGAUCCAGCAAUCCCACUCCUUGGAAUAUAUCCUAGAGAAAUGAGAGCCGUUACAUGAACAGAUAUAUGCACACCUAUGUUCCUUGUAGCCCUGUUCAUGACAGCGAAAAUAUGGAAACAACAUGGAUGAAUCUGGAAGGCAUUAUGCUGAGUGAAAUUAGUCAGUCGCGAAAAGACAAAUACUGUAUGAGACCACUUUUAUAAGAACU